UGACAACAUUAAAAAAUGCAAAUUACGAGUCACUACAAAGUCACGACUUUUAUGACUCGUAGGGAUCGGAAAGGUUCAUCGAACGGGCCGCGCAUGCUUCGUAGUCGUAGAAAUCCGUGUUGAAUUUUUAUUUCGCAGUAGUAAAGUUCAAGUUGGCAGUAACGUUACAUCGGAAGCAAAAGGUCGCGUUUGUUAACACACACAUCGCCAAUAAAAUGAAACAAAAUAAGAAUCACAUCUCGGAUUUUUAUUAUGCCGUCCAGAUAAGCUUUCGCUUACUGAAGCCGAUCGGCGCCUGGCCGUUGCGACAGCAAGCCACCAAGAUAGAAGUUAUCAUUCACGGCUUGUCGAUCGCCGUCGCCACGUUUCUUCAAUUUUUUUCAGUCGCCUCGUGGAUCACAUGUAUAAUUACUACAAAAUGGAGUUUAUACGAGAUUCUUAGAACCGCAUGUCCAUUGAUAUUUACAUUUACCGUAUUUCUGAGGUAUCUCCUGUUGCUGUUAAAUCAGAAUAAGAUCAAAUCAUGCAUCGAUCAAAUUGCUGAAGACUGGCGAAAUGUGACGAUAAUCGAGGAUCGCGAGAUCAUGCUAGCUAAUGCCAAGUCGGGACGCUAUUUUGGUAUCAUCUCCAUAGCGUUUAUGUUCGGCAGUGGUAUACCUUAUAACUGCAUGCCAUUAGUAUUACCACCUAUCGUUACGGAAGACAAUAUAACGAUUAGAUUGUUGCCCAACCCCUGUGAGCUGAUCUUCUUGGACGUCCAGGUCACUCCAGUUUACGAAAUCGCAUAUGUAUUAGUAGCUUUAUCGUGUAUCACUGCGUAUACCACGUUCUGCGGCAUUUGUAGCUUAACAGCCAAAUUUGUAACUCACGUAUGCGGUCAAUGCGAUAUCCUGAUGCAUGUUUUCGAAGAGUUGAUCGAUGGUGGUAAUCGAAAUCCAGGUACCGUCGAUCAAAGGAUUAGUACCGCUAUAAUACAUCAUCUUCGAAUACUCAAAUUCGUUUCUGACGUAGAUAAGGUAUUGAACGGGAUAUGUUUAGCGGAAUUUAUAAAUGCUUCAUGUAAUAUAUGUUUACUUGGUUAUUACGUUAUCAUGGAUUGGAAUAAUCAGGAAUCAAUGCUACAAAUUUUUGUGUAUUUCGUCGCCUUUAUAUCAAUUACUUUUAACAUAUACAUAUUUUGCUAUAUUGGCGAACGGCUCGUAGAUCGAUGCCAACAAGUAGGCAUUAAGUGUUACAUGAUUGAAUGGUAUCGUUUGCCACAAAAUAAGGCACGUAACUUGAUGUUCCCGAUUAUUAUGUCGAAUUAUCCGGUUGAGCUUACUGCCGGAAAAAUGGUAAAAUUAACUAUGAAUAGUUUUUCUAAUAUUUUAAGAACGUCAAUGGCAUACCUUAAUUUACUUCGCGAAGUUUCCUCGCGAGAUAUUAUGUAAAUAUACAAGAGUUGCCUAUAUUUUUCAAUGAAAUAAUUAGGAAACAUAAAAGAU